AUGGCAUCUUCUGAAAUGGCACCUUCUGAAGUGGCCUCUUCCGACAACUCUUCCGUGGCAUGGAAGUCACUUGUACGCCGCAGCGUGGAGGCGUGGUAUCCACCCAAAAAAGCCACGCAUGCGAUGGCAGAGGACUUCUUGGGCAGUUACACCGAUCUGGACGAUUUCCUGGUUAAUUCAGGAUCAAUGGGUACACUCACUGGCAUGUUCUGGUUUUUCCAACGCAGAGAGGCAUUUCUGUCACAGAAAACCAUGACCAAGUGGAGCAGGGAUCGGUUGGAUGAUUACAUCCUGCUUCCUGCUUCCCAUGGCUUUGUCACAAGGACCGAGUGCUUCUUCGUCAGCCACUUCUGGCAGUCUAAGAACGACCCAGAUCCCGGGGGAGAGUACCUACAGCUUGUAAAGAUGGAACUUGGGCUACAGUCUUGGUCAUUUGUCUGGGUCGACUGGACAUGCCUUCCUCAGGAUCCCCGGAGCAACACUGAAGAGGUCUACUUCCUGCGAGGUCUGGAGACCAUGCCAGCGAUCAUUCGCAAUUGCGGUUUCAUGUGGAACUACCCGCCCUUCAAACCACGACUGUGGAUUCUGUACGAGGUGGCCGAAUAUUCCCUCACGUGUGACGGCGGUAUCGAGGUUACCCCAGACAACAAGGAUUUUGUAGACCACGUCAAAGAGAUGCGCGAGGCCGGUGUGCGCGCGACAUUGAGUAGACAUGGGUACGAAUGCAAGGUCGAACGUGAUAAGGAAUUUCUCACCGCCUGGCUGGAACUCCUCGUUCUUCUAAAGAGACUGCUUAUCGAUGUGGGGAAUAUCAGGCAUAUUCUGGACAACCUCACAUGGUUUCCCGUUACGGGAAACAUGUACAUAAACACCCCCAGAGGUCUCGUGAUGCUUCACCCGUUUGAAGGUACUUUGACUCUGGGAGGAGAAGAGUACAAAUUCACACCAUUUCCUCUAUGGAGAGACGGUAAAUUACCCAUACACACCAAGUCCGCACCCACAGAGACGCAUCAAGCAUCGGGCAGAGAUGACAGUAAGAAUGAGGUUAGCCAAGAAGAAUCACAGGAAAGGAUUGUCAAAUACCGGUACCGAGAUGGCGUGCUUCGCAUGGAGUAA